AGUCCAACUUUCAGGCUUCCUGAGUUCCUGGCAUCGGACGCGUGUCAAGCUCUACUCGCUCACCAUCCACCGCAAUGCACGUGCCGCUUUUUUCUUGCGCGGAAAGUCAAUCAUCAAAGCUUGGAGCCAUCGGUGACAAUGACACUCUUCACGUUCUCUGCCUCCUCCUCCCACCCCUUGGCGCUUUUUCUUUCUUUCCUUUUUUGUGUUUAGUUCACGCAACAGUUUCCUUCUAGAAGAGAAAAUGACAGGUUUAAGCUUCUUCGAGAGAGCUUCAAGAUCUUUCCGCGACUAUCCUUCUCUCGCUAAGCUGAUUGUGGUCGCCACGCUCAGUGGCGGAGGCCUUGUUGCUUAUGCUGAUGCAAACACAUCAGCUGCUGCAUCAAGUGUUGUUCAACCUGAAGGAGAAAGCAAGAAAAAGAAGGUGGUUGUACUUGGAACUGGUUGGGCUGGAACAAGUUUCUUGAAAAGCCUUAAAAAUUCCUCCUAUGAUGUUCACGUGAUAUCACCUCGUAAUUACUUUGCAUUCACUCCCUUGUUACCAAGUGUUACAUGUGGUACAGUGGAAGCUCGUAGCAUUGUUGAACCUGUCCGUAAAAUUAUCAGGAAGAAAAAUGUUGACAUAUGUUACUGGGAAGCUGAGUGUUUCAAAAUUGAUGCACAAAACAAAAGGGUCCAUUGCCGAUAUAAUCAAAGCGCCAAUUUGGAUGGGAAAGAAGAAUUUCCAGUAGACUAUGACUACCUUGUGAUAGCUAUGGGAGCCCGUGCUAACACUUUCAAUAUACCGGGUGUAGAGGAAAAUUGCUAUUUCUUGAAGGAAGUUGAAGAUGCUCAGGAGAUCCGUAGGGGUGUUAUUGAUUCUUUUGAGAGAGCGAGCCUGCCAACUUUAAGUGAUGAUGAGAGAAAGAGGAUUCUUCAUUUUGUGGUGGUUGGAGGUGGCCCUACUGGGGUAGAGUUUGCUGCAGAACUUCAUGAUUUUGUCAAUGAAGAUUUAGUUAAACUAUAUCCAUUGGUCAAAGACGUGGUAAAGAUAACACUUCUAGAGGCAGCCGGUCAUAUUCUGAAUAUGUUUGAUAAGAGAAUCACAGAUUUUGCAGAGGAAAAAUUCAAAAGAGAUGGCAUUGAUGUGAAGUUAGGAGCGAUGGUUGUGAAAGUAUCUGAUAAAGAUAUAUCUACAAAGUUGGGAAAUGGAGAACUUUCUCAUAUACCAUAUGGAAUGAUAGUAUGGUCAACUGGCAUCGGAACUCGUCCUGUCGUAAUGGAUUUCAUGAAGCAAAUUGGUCAGGGUAAUAGGCGUGUUUUAGCAACUGACGAGUGGCUACGGGUUUUGGGUUGCGAUAACAUCUACGCUCUUGGUGAUUGUGCAACUGUUAACCAGCGCAAAGUCAUGGAAGACAUUGCAGCCAUAUUUAGUAAGGCAGACAAGGACAAUUCAGGAACUCUCACGGUAAAGGAGUUUCAGGAAGUCAUUGAUGACAUCUGUGAAAGAUACCCUCAGGUGAAACUUUAUUUGGAGAACAAAAACAUGCGGAAUAUUGUUGAUCUAUUGAAGGAGGCCAAAGGGGAUGUUGCAAAAGAAUCCAUUGAACUGAACAUUGAAGAGUUUAAGAAAGCUCUUUCUGAUGUCGAUUCUCAGAUGAAGAAUCUUCCAGCUACUGCUCAGGUUGCAGCUCAGCAAGGCUCUUACCUUGCUGAUUGUUUUAAUCGUAUGGAAGAGUGUGAAGAAAACCCUGAAGGUCCUCUCAGGUUCAGGGAGUCAGGUCGUCACAGGUUUAAACCGUUUAGGUACCGGCAUUUGGGACAAUUUGCUCCGUUGGGGGGUGAACAAACGGCUGCACAACUUCCUUAUGAUUGGGUUAUAAUUGGUCACAGCUCACAGUGGCUAUGGUACUCAGCAUAUGCAAGCAAGCUAGUCAGCUGGCGCACAAGGACACUGGUGAUUUCAGACUGGAUCAGGCGUUUCAUAUUCGGGAGGGAUUCAAGUAGCAUAUGAAGCAGUUGGGAAAAGCCCAUCACAUCAGCCCAGAAAUUAACAGCACAACUUUAUUAUCAUGGGUCUUCGAGUCUGGUGUGGGCUUCAAUUUGAAGAAGACCAGCCCGUUACUAGGAAAUAAGAUCCUUAUUUUGUCUAUAUAACAACAGUGUCUAAUUGUACAUAUCAUUGCGAAUCUUGUGUUCUUUUUUUUUUUUAUGAGUUUCUUUUAUUAAUUUUUUUUUGAAUCAUUCGUAAAACAUAAGAGUUUUUAA